GGGGGGGGGAGGCUCCUGAAGCCGCGCUGCAGCCACGUCCAUCGGUACCCCGGUAAGGCCGCCCGGCUUGGAGAUUUUCAGGGUGCCAGACAUGUCCGAGGUAAAGAGCCGGAAGAAGCCGGGGCCCAAGGGGCCUGCCGCUGAGCCCGAGAAGCUGAGCGACGGCAGGAAGAACCCCGAGGCGCGGGGCGGCGCGGGUUGGGCGGACCCUCGCACCGGGCUCAGCCUGUUAUCGCUGGCGGCGUGCCUCGGCCUGGCCUGGAUUGUAUUUCAACAAACAGAAAAAAUUUCCAAGAUGGAAAACCAAUACCAGUUACUGCAAAUAGAAAGCAGAGAGUUUCAAGGACUACAGAAUAAAAUCAGUUUAAUUUCAGACAAGCUUGAGUCUACUGAAAGUAUCCUGCAGGAAGCUACAGCAUCCAUGGCUUUGAUGACCCAGUUUGAACAGGAAGUAUCUGGACUCCAAAGAUCCAUACAUGACAUUGAGAAUAGUGAUGAGAUGCUCACACAAAAGAUGCAAAACCUUAAUGAGAAAUUCCAGAACAUUACAGAUUUCUGGAAGAGAACUCUGGCAGAAAUGAGCGAUAAUACAACCAUUUUCAAAUCAGAAGCAAAGCAUAUACAUUCUCAAGUUACCAUGAAAAUUAAUUCAGCUGAGCAAAAAAUGAAAUUGCUCACCAAACGGCUAAAAGAUUUGGAAGACAGUACACUACGAAACAUCAGAACAGUAAACAGGCAAGAAGAGGAAGAUCUUCUCCAAGUAGAGGCACAGCUCAGCUCUGACACAAAAGCAGUUGAGAAGCUAGAAGAAGAACAGCACUCACUCCUAGCCAGAGAUGAAGAUCUGACCAAUAAACUUUCCAACUACGAACCCAAAGUUGAAGAAUGCAAGGCACAUUUGCCAGCUAUAGAAAAUGCAAUCCACUCUGUUCUCAGAGUGUCCCAGGAUCUGAUGGGGACAGAAAAGAAAAUGGAAGACCUUACUAUGCAGAUGUUCAACAUGGAAGAUGAUAUGCUAAGGGCAGUGUCUGAAAUAAUGGAGAUGCAGAAAACCCUUGAGGGAAUUCAGUAUGACAAUAGCAUAUUAAAGAUGCAAAAUGAACUGGUUGUUCUAAAAGGGAAAGUUCACGAUUUCAUAGCAUAUUCAAGUGCAAAGGAAAAGGAGACUUUGGAGAAAUAUAACCUAGAAAAUAAGGGAGCUGGUGACCAUUAGGUCCACUGCCCAUCUCUUCCUGGACUCUAUUACUAAGUGGAAAUGAGUCAGCUGUACAGUUCCACUCAUUUGCCCUGUCCCACUUUCCUAGAGAAUAAGCGGAGGAUGGGCCACAGGGAGUGUACACAUAAUCAAACGUUUAUCUUUUAAGAUUGAAAACUGAUUUUCACCAUCUUGAAGAGAAAUAGUUCUCCUGGGAGGUGGUGGCACACACCUUUAAUCCCAGCACACAGAGGCAGCAGCAGGUGGAUCAAGGCCAGCCUGGUCUACAGAGGGAGUUCCAGGACAGCCAGGGCUACACACACAAAGAGAAACACAGGCUCAAAAAAACAAAAAAAAAAAGGAAAAGAAAAGAAAGGAAGACAGAAAGAAAUAGUUCUAAAAUAUAUAUUGUUAUACAUUUUAGACAAUAUAUUUAAUAUUUACAUGCCUUUCCAAUAAUUAAUAGACAUCAUUAUGAAUUAUCUUUAUUAUACUAGAUAGAUAGAUAUAUAGAGUGAGCUACAGAUACUGUAGCAAAUAUUGAGACCAUUUACAUUUCACCAUGUGACCCUAGUUUUCUGUUUUUCAAAGCUAUGUCUGUUUCUUAUGCCUUUUCUGUCACCUGUUCUUGCAGUCAGUUGAUAACACACCUGCCUCUGCCAGUUAUUUAUAUUCAGACAACCAAGUUCAUAGGAAUUUUAUGUAAAAUAAAAGGUAAUAUGCCUGCAGGAGAGCCUGGGGGUUCUUUUGUGAAGAGGUAACGCCACAUUCUGAAAACCAUGGCACCUGGCAAGUAUUUUCCUUUUUGCAAAGGUUCUAAACUGUGUUACAGAUACUUAGAAGAAGUUUAAAAUGUAAAUAUGUUCUUACUUUAUCCUCAAAAAUAGCCUUUUCUGUGUUACAGAUACUUAGAAGAAGUUUAAAAUGUAAAUAUGUUCUUACUUUAUCCUCAAAAAUAGCCUUUUCUAUUAACUGGUUAUGCUUUGAAGUUUGAGCUCACAGAGUACCUUUGUGAACCUGGACUUUAAUUUCUGAAGUUUGAACUAUGUGACACUAGAGUUUACUAAAUACAACCAAGAGAUACUUAAAAAUAUGUCAAUAAGCCUGAGCCUGCUUUAAAGAUAAAACAACACAACAAUAAAUUGUGAUAAUUAUGACAUAUUUGUCAUUAUUUUAAAGAUUCCCCAACUUAUGAAACUCAGUUUGUUUUACAUACUGAUUUUAAUUUUUAAAAAAUGAGAGCUGGAGCUAGGUAUGGUGGCACAUGCCUUAAAUCCCAGCACUCAGGAGGCAAAGGCAAGCAGAUCUAUAAGUUCAAGGCUACCUGUCCUACAUACUGAGACUGUCUCAAAAAAUAACAAUAAUAAUAAGGCUAGGAGAGAAAGAGCUCAUAAGUGAAGUGCUUGCUGUGAAAGCAUGAAGACCUGACUUUACCCAGCUGACAUAAAAGGCUGGGGCUAGCAGUGCUACCUGUAAUACCAGCACCGGAAGACAGAGAAGGGUACAAAUGUUACAUGAGAAAACUGUCAAAUAUGUGUCUCUUUAUUCCUUUCCUAAGAAAUUUGCAAGCUGGGCAGUGGUGGCACACACCUUUAAUCCCAGCACUCAGGAGGCAGAGGCAAGAGAAUUUCUGUGAGUUAGAGGCCAGCCUAGUCUAUAGAGAAAAUGCCAGGACAGCCAAAGCUACACAAAGAAAUUCUGUAUAGAAAAACCAAAAGAAGAAAUUUGUCCUGGGGCUGAAGAGAUGACUCAAUGGUUAAGAGCACUGGUUGUUCUUGCAGAAGACUUGGGUUGAUUCCCAGCGUCCACAUAAUGGCUCAUAAGCAUCUGUAACUCAGCUUCCAGGGUAUCUGGCACAUUCUUUUGACUUCUGCAGUUACCAGGCAUGACAUACAUGCAUGUGGUGCACAGAUCAUAUGCAUAAAAUAAUUAUAAAUGUUUUUAAUUUCCUAUUUAACAAAAUUGUCAUUGGAGAGAUCUAGAUACAUUAACUGAAUCUUCCUUUGUUUUGUUGUUGUGUGUUUUGGAGCUUUUUAUUUUAUUUCUGAGACAGGCUCUCAAUAUGUAGCUCAGACUAGUCUUUACUCACCAUCUUUCUACUUCUACAUUUCAAGUAUAGGGGUCACAGGUAAAUGUAAUGGCCCAGGCUUCACUUUGUUGUGCUUUAUGAAAAUUACUAUUUUCUAAUACACAUAUUUUUGUAUAUCUGUAAUUGAUAAUAAAUUUUAUAUCAAUUGCUUUUA